AUGGAUCAGACUCAAAUCCUAGCGAGGAGGUCCUGCGGGACUUGCAGAGACCGACGAAUCCGAUGCGACCUAGCACUGCCCACCUGCGCAAACUGUGCCAGGGCAAAUCAAGAAUGCCAGGGAUACGGCCUCCGUUUGUCCUGGCCGCGGCCUGGGGACAAGAGACGAACCAUCCUGGUGGACACUCCGUCUAGAAAUACACUUACUGCAGAUCCCUUCCACCACAACCGGGGAGACUGGCCUUUUGUCAAUAUGCACUCUUGGCACAUAUCGUCCUGGCUUAAUCUAGUGGAAGGAAGAAUGGGGGGUGAGAAGGCCUCCGUCAUCUUCUUCAAUGUCUUUUCUCUCGUUUUCUUCUACCCGUUCAGAGUUCUAAUGAUUUAUUGGCAGCGCCAUAUCAGGGACUCCGUCACCACGGACCACGUCGCUCUCGUUGAUAGAGAAGAGCGAGUCAACAUUGCUCCACUACUCUCUGAAGAUAUUCAAGAGGGCCACCGCUUUCUCUUAACUCCUCCUCUAGGAUCCUUGACCCGCCUUCUCCUCCAAAUCGGCCUCUCGGACGUCUCAUCGCCUUCGAGAGCAGUGUUUAACGGUAUUUUAGCUCUCUCUUGUUUGCAUUUGUGGGGAGAUCAAUAUGCUUCAGUAUAUAAAGCAAGGGCGACCUCGCUGCUCCGAGCCUCGUUGAACCCGGAAAGCUCCAUCAAGGUCGCUGUAAGCAAUCUCGUCGCCAGUAUGCUCCUCUAUCUUUACGAGACUGUCCACCAAUCUUCCCCAUAUGCUUGGGCAGUGUACUUAUGCGGAGUCAAAAGACUCGCGCAGUCUAAGAUCGUGACUGAGAGUGCCAAAUCCGCGCACCCCCAAAUCGUGUUUAACUGGGUCUACUACCAUGAAACCAUUGCUCAGUUUGGGCAACUGUAUUGGACACAGAAGCAUCCUUCGCCCGUGUGUCACGGAAAGUCGUCGAGGCAAUUGAGAGGACACCCAGACAUGUCGGAAGUCGAUCCCGGCAUGAUUGGCUGCUCCAUUGACGUAUUGGAGGGCAUGUCGACAAUUUUUGAUAUUGCCAUGCGGCCAAUAGUUUCAUCCUCCAGGCGACAAGAGCUCCUCGGCGUUGAAUCGCAACUCAGGCGCAUGAUCUCGGCACUUUCCAAACUCACGAAUAGUGGUAAAGCCUCUUCCAGCUUGCAUGAGAUCACCCAACUUCAUUGCAUCGCAGCAUUAAUCUACAUGAACCGCGCAACGCUGGGCUACGAUGGAACGGAGCCUUCACACCAAGCACUCGUUGAGAAAGGUCUAGAAGUAUUAAGUAACAUAGUCCCCUGCGCAACUCCAUGGGCUUUAUUUAUAAUAGGCUGCGAGGUUAAGCUAGAUCUGCCGCGACUGGCUAUUCUCGAGACCAUCUCGCGAUCGAAGCAAGAAUCUAGGACCGGACACCUAGAUGUAGUCAAGGGCCUCGUGGAAGCAGUUUGGAAUUACGACGAUCUUGAUCCGGAUAUGAGGCUUGAUUAUAACAAGAAAUUGCUGAGCAUUGUUCGAGAAGCUCCAUGGAUGCCACCUUUUGUCUAG